AUGACAGAUCAACUUAAACAAGCCGGCGACAAGGCGCAGAGCACUGCCGGAGCAGGCACAGAGAAGUGGAACGCCAUGACCGAGGACCAGAAGAAACAGACAUACGAUUCGCUGCCCGCAGAUCAGAAGAAUGGAAAGUCGUACUACGAAUGGAUCAGUGAAGGGUAUCAGCAUCAAAAGGAGAAUUGGAUGCCGUGGAUCGAGGACGUAUACCUCAAGUGGUUCACGAACGACAACAAGGCAAGCUAUGCCACGAAAGACACUCUUAACAAAUCGAAGAUCACCGGCAUCGAGCAGGUCGAUACUCUGCAGGACGGCGUCAACAAUGCAGUCGGUCAGCAAUUUGGCAAAGGAGGAAUCCUGCAGCCAGUGGGCGACACUUUCUCGAAGGAAGGUAUCAAUCGAGCUGAGCGCAAAGGGAAGGACAGCGAUGGCUCGUAUGGGGGUGCAGCUUCGUCUGUGACUGAUCCUGUCGUCAACAAUGUGCAGGCUGGCGGACAGGCUGUUGCUGGUGGUGCUCAGAGUGCCGGAAGCUCGGUAUUGUCGGGAGCUAAGAGCGCUGGCGGCUAUGUUGGUGGUAUGUUGGGUGGUGGUAAGAAGGAUGGUGAAGCUCAGUAG